AUGAACCAGUCCCGAUGGAUUGAAUGGAGGACUCUGAAUAUGAGCAAUAGUGUUAUGAACAUAUCUGAGCACCUCUCCUGCCCUCUUGGAUUUGGUCACUACAAUGCAGUUGACAUUUGUAUCCUUGAGACAGUCGUUAUUGUCUUGCUAACAUUUUUAAUUAUUGCGGGUAACUUAAUUGUAAUAUUUGUUUUUCACUGUGCUCCACUCCUGCAUCAUUACACCACCAGCUAUUUUAUUCAGACCAUGGCCUAUGCUGAUCUUUUUGUUGGAGUCAGCUGCUUGGUUCCUACUUUGUCACUACUCCACUACUCAACAGGUGUCCACGAGUCCUUGACAUGUCAAGUUUUUGGAUACAUCAUCUCUGUGCUCAAAAGUGUAUCUAUGGCAUGUCUUGCUUGCAUCAGUGUGGAUCGCUAUCUCGCUAUAACAAAGCCUCUCUCCUAUAACCAACUGGUCACACCUUGUCGCUUGAGAAUCUGCAUCAGUCUGAUCUGGAUAUAUUCUUGCCUGAUCUUCUUGCCUUCUUUUUUUGGUUGGGGAAAACCUGGUUACCAUGGAGAUAUUUUUGAAUGGUGUGCUACCUCCUGGCUAACUAAUGCCUACUUUACUGGCUUUAUCGUGUGCUUACUAUACGCUCCUGCUGCCUUUGUCAUAUGUUUCACCUAUUUCCACAUCUUUAAAAUUUGCCGGCAGCACACCAAAGAGAUCAGUGAUCGGAGAGCUCGGUUUCCUAACCACGAAGGGGAUGCUGCUGGGGAGACUGGGCACAGCCCCGACCGCCGCUAUGCCAUGGUUUUGUUCCGGAUAACCAGUGUGUUCUACGUGCUGUGGCUCCCUUAUAUCAUAUACUUUCUGCUGGAAAGCUCUAGGGUGUUGGAAAACCCAGCACUCUCCUUCCUAACUACAUGGCUUGCUAUAAGCAAUAGUUUCUGCAACUGUGUGAUAUAUAGCCUCUCCAACAGCGUAUUCAGGCUGGGACUGCGGAGACUGUCAGAGACAAUAUGUUCAUCUUGUAUGUGUUCAAAAGACAGACAUGUACGGGACCCUAAACCGAGGAAACGGGCUAAUUCCUGCUCCAUUUAA